UUUUUUUCAGUAUAUUAAAAUGUAUGAAUCUAUUUUGUAGUUUUGGUUCGUUCCUCAGAGUUAAUGAAUAUCUCAAUGGGUGAUGUAAUUAACUGAUGCUCAAACACUGUAACACUAAGAAGAAAACCUUAUUUUGAUGACUUUGUAUGACACUGAUGUCGAUGUUUAAAUAUAAUGCGAUGAUAACACUUCUGGAGCUUGUUGUUGUUGKUUUUGUUUUGAAAGCAGAACACAAUCCCGCCAGAAGCUGGGGUGUUUUUUUUCUGCCGUUCCCAGAAUCUCUCCCUGAAGGUGUUUGUACCUCUUCUCCUGUGUCCUCAUGAAAAAUGYAUGGCUUUUAAGUCGACAGUGAAAUCCCUGUCGGCGGGCUGUCAGCUGAUGGAAUCCGAUCCAAAUGGGUUCAUUUGAUAGCUCGGGGGUCACUUACAGGCCGUGAUCAGAGAGCUGGCACACUAUAGUAGUUGUGACCCAGAUUAACAGAGAAAUCUCCUCGMGUAAUUCUUAGAAUGAAACACUUCAAAGCUAAACUCUUAAACGCUUCUUUUUCUCCUCGUGUAAAUAGGAGCAGUGUAUYGUGUCUUUAUUUCACGGGACACAUUGUUUGAGGGGUGGAGCCGUUUCCUUUAUUUACUAGAAGUGAGGUAAACCAGUUCCACAGGUCCUUGUUGAUCUAUAACUCAGGCUGCGGUUAAAGCGUGCCCAGAUUACUCUCUGGACUCACUCGGAGCUUGAUGUGCGACAGCAAGCUGAAGCACRAGCGCAGCACCCCACUGCAGGAUCUGAUUAUGGCCUUGCGGCCCCGGGCGUCCUCUCAGCCGGGGAAGCUGUCCCUCGUCCACGUCGCCAAGCCCGCCUCGUCGCUCCGCCCGCGGGCCGUCUCCUCGCGCUCGGGCUCCAUGCUGGAGGACGAGCUGUCCUGCCCCGUCUGCUGCGAGAUCUUCCGGGAGCCCGUGGUGCUCAAGUGCAGCCACAGCUUCUGCCGGGCCUGCCUGCACCAGUUCUGGAACAAGAAGAAGGCCCGGCGCGAGUGCCCCGUCUGCAGGAGGAAGUGCUCGCUGACCGAGCCCACCGUCAGCCUGGCCCUGAAGAACGUGGCCGACACCUUCCUGAGGGAGCAGGAGCGCAGGGCGGCCGGGCCGGGGUCCGGGACGGGGCAGGGGGCCCUGGCGGCGGCGGCGGCGGAGGAGAGGUGCGCCGCGCACGGGGAAGUUGUCAAGCUCUUCUGCAUGGACGACCUGGAGGUGAUGUGCUGCGUGUGUCUCACCUCCAAGAAGCACCAGGGACACAAGGUGUGUCCUCUGGAGGAGGGAGCCCAGGAUCUGAAGGCAGAGCUGAAGAACGAUCUGGUUCCGCUGAAGAAGAACCUGCGGCGCCUGUAUGAAGCCAAGCAGGAGUGUGAUGACACGACUGUGCACAUCAAGAACCAGACGCAGACCACCGAGGAGAAGAUCAGACAGGACUUCGAGCAGCUCCGGGAGUUUCUCAAGCGGGAGCAGGCCGAGCGUCUGGCUGCUCUGGAGCAGGAGGACGUGGAGAAGAGGGAGCUGGUGAAGAAGAAGGCCGAGAGCAUAACCAGAGACAUCCUCACCUUCUCUCACGCCGUCAUCGCCAUCGAGAAUGAAAUCGCAUCCAGUGAUUCUUUAUUCCUUCGGAACUAUACCAAUACGAAGAAAAGAGCACAGCUGCCUCAAAAGGAACCAGAAAAGGUGUCGGGUGCUCUCAUCGAUGAGGCCAAGCAUGUGAGCUCUCUGAAGUACCACGUGUGGGAGAAGAUGRUGGAGCUGGUUCAGUACACACCUAUAACCCUGGACCCCAACACGGCGUACUCCUGGUUGUCCCUCUCCCCGGAUCUAACUCGAGUGGCCAACAGUGGAUCCCUGAAGCAGCUCCCAGACAACCCAGAGCGUUUUGGUCACUUUGUGUUCGUGCUGGGGUCCGAGGGCUUCACGUCGGGCCGUAACGCCUGGGAGGUGGAGGUGGGCGACAAGGCGGACUGGAUGCUGGGCGUGGUCAAGGGGUCCAUUGACAGGAAAGGUCGCACCUCGGGCUGCCCCGAGGGCGGCUUCUGGAUGAUCUCGCACUACGAGGGCGAGUACUCGGCCAUGACGCGGCCCAGCACCCCGCUGCACUUGGAGGGGAAGCUGACUCGGGUCAGGGUGCAGCUCGACUACGAGUCCGGGGAGGUGACCUUCUCCGACCCCGUGAACAUGAAGUCCAUCUACACCUUCACUGGCACUUUCACCGAAAAGAUGUACCCUUUCUUCUGCCCCGGAGCCAACAUUAACGGGAAAAACCCCGAACCCCUUAAAAUCUGCCCUGCCAAAGUGGCUGUGUGGAACAGUGCGACCUGGUGAUUUAAGGCCACGUCCGAGGAGGCAUCCGUGCACUUCAAAAUGUAAAAAAGAAAAAGUAGAAGAUGUCUGUGCAGGUAGGUGUGCAAAAUGAGUAUGAUAAUGCCAAAGUAAUUUUAGUACAUUGCAGUCUAGAAAGCAAAAAAAAAGUGUCCAGCUGAGCAUCAAUCUCCCUCUAGUGGCCAAAGUGCAAAAUUACAUCUCACACAUUUCACUGUUUCUGCAAAAUGAAAGCCUCUUUAUUGACUUUAAAUUAUCCACAGAAGAUGUUACAAACUGUCCAGCUCUUUUAUAUUAAAUUAUUUCAACUUAAAAAAACAAUCUCUUUUAUCUUGGCCAAGAUGUUAGCUGCAGUUUAUAGAUUUAAACAAAUCCACAUUGAUAAUUUACACAAAAGUUAAGAUUGCACAAAACACACAACUUYUUAUCAAAAUGUUAGUCACCCACAUCUCCCUUUCCAUGACAUUUCAGUGAAGUUAUAUAGAUAAACGGAAGUGUCCAGGUAGCAUUUUUAAUAUGAGGGUUAUAUUAUUCUGAUCAAAAAAUAACAGAGGUUUUUUGGUAUUAGAAGUGGAGGCCAUGUUAAAGCCAUCCAGGAUGUGAAAGGUUGUGAAAUUUCUUCCUAAGGUCCAAAAACCACAGCGUUUGUCUUCGAGUUUUAAAGCUGUGAAUGAAAAGUCAACCAGGAAAAGCUUGUAAAGUUAGGAACUGAUGAGAUUUGUCAGGCUUUAUGGAUAAAUACAACUGAGAUACUGUAAUGUGUUUUUUAAUCACUGAACGAUAAGCAGGUAAAGAUUCACUUCAUGUUCUCCAAACCUAAGCUGUGUUUUCAUAAACACCCACUGAAAUGUGAACUCAUCCAUCAUGAUGUUUAGAAUAUGCUUCACCAUGAAUAAACUAAUAAACUUUAAGAGAAAAUU